ACAAAAACAUCCAUCUCGACACUUCUACCGUCCAGCUUCCCUCCGCCUGCGCAUUCCCGCGCGAUCGCGACGAACUUAACGGCCACGAUGAACGACAGCGAACCUCGGAAGCGCUCUCGCUUCGACCAAAUCGAGCCCGACCCGCCGAGACGGUCGAGAUUCGAUCGCCGAUCACGCUCUCCCCCCGCCCGGGGGUCUGAGCCUGCUCGCGACAGGAGCCCUUUGCCGCGCGCCGGAUCCGAGUCAAAGGCGGGCGACGAGUCCGCGCCUGUCCUUGACCCGGCCGCAGCUGCAGCUGCCGCUGCCGCCAAGAUCCAGGCACAACUCGAGGCGCGCAAGUCCAGCCAGCACGACAAUGUCCAUCCGAGCAGGACCGCCGCCAUUAAGACUCCAGCCUCCAACACAGGAGCUACCAUCAAUGGCGAGAUAUAUAUCGCGGACGGCGACUACAUCAAGGACAUCGAAGUCAACGACCUCCGCAACCGAUAUCUUCUGACAAAAGGCGCGACCCAAAAGAUGAUCCAAGAUGAGACUGGUGCUGAUGUUACCACCCGGGGCAGCUAUUGGCCGGAUAAAAGCAUGGCAACACCUGCGAACCCUCCCCUAUACUUGCAUGUCACCAGCACAACCAAGGAAGGGCUCGAGGCGGCCGUUGCCAAAAUUGAGGAGCUCAUGAAACAGGAACUUCCUCAGCUUGUCGAUGAGCGUAGGUUUCGCCGCCGUGAAGAGCCGGUCGUCGAGCGUGACGAGCUUGGGCGGCGCAAAUGGCCCGAAGAGAAAAUCCCAAUCGGCCUCGAGCCCAUCCCUGGCUUCAACCUGCGCGCACAGGUAGUUGGACAUGGUGGCUCGUACGUCAAACACAUUCAGCACGAAACAGGAUGUCGAGUCCAGAUAAAGGGCCGCGGCUCUGGUUUCAUCGAGUCAGCCACCGGCCACGAGAGCGAGGAAGAGAUGUUCCUGCACGUCGCUGGUCCUGACCCUAAGAUGGUCGAGAAGGGCAAAGAGAUGUGCGAGGACCUUCUUAGCGCCGUCAAGGAGCAAUACGAAGAGCACAAGAGCAAGCCGCCGCGCUUUGGAGGCGAUCGCUUUGGUGAUCGUGACAGGGGUGGCGGUGAUCGCUAUGGCGGCGGCGAUCGUUAUGGCGGCGACCGUUACGGCGGAAGGGGCUUCCGUGGGGGUGACCGCCACGGCGGCGGCUUUGAUGAUAGGCACCGGGACGAUGGCCCAGGCCGCAACGGCGGACAUCAGGGAUACGGAGGCCAUGGCGGGCACGGUCCCCCAACAGGUCCCCGCGGCGCGCCGCCAGGAGCUCCCUCCGGUCCUGCUAACCCGGGCGGCUCUGGCCACCAUGAGCCGCACAACCUACAGGGCCAAAAUGCCCAGGGCCAGUACAACUCACCCGCAGCUUCCGCGGCAGGCGCCCCGGCCACGACCCAGGCCACUCCUGACUAUGCCCAGUUCGCCCAGUACUAUGGUGGUGUUGAUCCGUACGCAGCCUACGGCGGUUAUGCUGCAUACGUACAAAUGUACCAGCAGUACUAUGGGGCUGCGGCUGCUCAGGCUGGACAGCCGGCCGCGGCCGCUGCCCCCGCACCGCCGUCCACUUCGCCUCCGCCGCCACCUCCUGCGGCUGCGGCUCCACCCCCGCCUCCUCCACCUGGGUCGGCUCCUCCGCCGCCGCCGCCGGGUCCACCCGGCGCAGGUGGUGGAUAUAGUGCGGUCCCUCCUCCGCCCGGCCUGUAGGCGCAUCUGUGUUUGUGGGACUUCUAUAAUCCGGCCAUAUCUGUGUGCAUGAUGGAAGACAGUCCGCAGGAGACAUCCCUCGGAUGCUGUAAUGGCUCAGUUUGCGGUGGAUGGCAUAAUAAAAUCGGGGUCCUUCUCGCGCCUCGAGCGACUGCGUUGUGUUGACAUGAGAGGGUAGGUAGUUUUGAUCUGGAGGCAGCGUUGACUUGGUCCAUGAAUCUUGACAGUCUAAGCUCUGAUGGUCAUAUUGAGCACUAAAAGGUCAUUGUCUUUUCUGCCCUCAUGGCUGAAUCGCCUCGUGACGGUUUGCGAAGGUUUAGUUUCUGUCAGAUACCUAUCGUAGUUAGCUUCACAAAGAACACUGAGAUUACUGUCGGCCUGCCAUGGG